GGAGACUAUUGUAAUGGCUGUAUUAAAGAAUUGACAAUUGGGUAAAUAUUCCCGAUUGACAUUUAUAUUAUGAGAAUUUUUUCAUACAAUUGAUGCAUAUAAGAAUAUCUAUAAUACUGCGGGGAUUUCCGGGGCUCUAUGAAGCAGACAAAGAAGGGAGGGUACAUUAAUUUUUAGCCUGUUAUUCUGUGAAAAUUCUCUGCUAUUCUGAAUAUGAUAUCCCCCUGGACAACUGUAGGGGUCUUUGCAAUUGGGGUUAUCUUAGCAAUCAGUGGUUAUGCGUUUCAACAAUAUCGAGAACGUCGUCAUUGUGAAAACCCUUGCAGACGGAGCUCCCCUCCACGAAUUGCAAGCAGAGGAAAUUUAACAUGUCCUAUUUGUGGGCAAAGAAUACGUCGUAAUACACAUGCAAUGGUUUGUGGGCAUCAGUUUCACCGAUCGUGUUAUGCUGACCGACUCCUGGACAACAGAGAUAAUGAGGGAAUGUUUUACGUGCGGUGCCCAAUUUGUGGUGAAGUUGAUGGUACUGAAUUGCCUGAUAAUCAAGUUCCACCUGUUGAUGGAUUAACUCACAGGAGGAUAAAAUGCUGCUAUUGCUCAGCUACUCUCACACAUGCUCUUAGCACACAGCUAAGUUGUGGACAUUUCGCCCAUUCUGAAUGCAAGGAGCAUUAUGACGAUAUUAUGCAGUGUCAAAAUUGCUUGCCAACAUCAACACAAACGUGCAUAGUGUGUGAAAUUCCCAUUCUAUCUUCGAUUACAAAUAAGGAGCAAUUGGAUUGUGGACAUUUUGCCCAUUCAUCUUGUUCCAGUAUUUCUAAGCUUAUAAAGUAUGCUUUGUUUCCAGUGCUCGCAGUGUCCACGAACCGAAGAAAAACCGCUGGAAUGAUACAAUGAAUUAUCAACCAGUUUCUGCUUUACUUUAUAAUUUGUAGUAAGACUAUGAAAAGUUCAUAGAGCAUAAGAUUAUUUGAUGUUAUUAUUUAUUUUCAACUAUUGAAAAAUUAACUUUAAAGAAAAAAAUAGAAAAAACGUCUACUGAGUGAUCGAUAAUUAAUCCAUGAUACUGUCAUUGAAUAAAGAAUGAAAGGGUAGGGUCCUUUCCUCCAAAUAUCAUA